GGGGGCGGCGGCGGCGGCGGGGGGAACGAGUGCAAGAUGGUGGAUUUGCACGGGGUGAAGGUGGCGUCGUUCCUGGUGGAGGGCCAGGAGCUCAUCUGCCUGCCGCAGGUCUUCGACCUCUUCCUCAAGCACCUGGUCGGCGGGCUGCACACGGUCUACACCAAGCUCAAGCGCCUGGACAUAUCGCCCGUGGUGUGCACGGUGGAGCAAGUGCGGAUCCUGCGCGGGCUGGGCGCCAUCCAGCCGGGCGUCAAUCGCUGCAAGCUCAUCACCAGGAAGGACUUUGAAACUUUGUACAACGACUGCACCAAUGCCAGGGCGCUUUCACGACCAGGGAGACCCCCCAAGCGCUCUCUGGGGGUUGCGAUACAAGAGAACACGCGCCUCCUGCCCCACGGAGUGCCCGGCCUCUUAUCACCAGGACUUAUCUCCCCAACAGGUCUAACAGCGGCUGCUAUGGCCGAAGCGAUGAAGUUGCAGAAGAUGAAGCUGAUGGCCAUGAACAGCCUCCAUGGAAGUGGGAGCCAGAAUGGGACCGAAUCAGAGAACGAAGAGCUGAAUUCCAAUGCAGGUGGAAGCGAAUCCUCAUGGGAUAAAGAGAAACUCCAGUCUCCCAUCACCACGGGAUCCCAUCACGGAGUUAGCCAUGCAUCGCUGUCCGGGCAGCCCAGUCUGGGAAGCGCUCAUCCCCUCAGCCCUCUGCAGCAGAACCAUCUGCUCACUAACAGGAUAGAUCUACCCUUCAUGAUGAUGCCCCACCCCCUUCUCCCGGUCGGCCUACCUCCUGCUUCCGUCGCAAUGGCUAUGAAUCAAAUGAACCAUCUCAACACUAUCGCUAACAUGGCAGCCGCAGCUCAGAUGCACAGCCCCCUUUCGAGAGCUGGAGCCUCGGUCAUAAAGGAGAGGAUUCAGGACAGCCCUUCACCUGCCCCGUCCGUGGAAGAGAGUCAAAGACCCGGGAGUCAUGCCUCUUCACAUCAGAGCAGUAGCGUUUCCAGUUCUCCGUCCCAACUUGACAACACACCCGAUAGAAUUGCUAUGCUGUCGAAUACUAGAGAAGGUGAACCUGUGGAUCAAGAGUCUGGCCCCAACCCAAGAAAACUCUCCAAGGAAAAAG